AUGGUCGUACAACUGCAUGAUGAGCGCCUGCGAGCGCUGCCGUCUGUGGACAAGGAGUUUAGACACCCUGCACUCGCUGCAGGCGGUUCCGGGGGCGCCGAAGCCGGACGUGGUGACCUUCACCUCGGCGGUGGGCGCCUGCGAGUGGCGGGAGGUGCUGGGCCUGCUGAUGCGCAUGGACCAGCUGGACGUGGCGCCCAACGUGGUGUCGCAGAGCUCCGCGCUGAGCAGCGCGGAGCGCGGCCUGCGCUGGCCGCUGGCACUGGAGCUCCUGGGCCUCCGGGACGCAGCCGGCGGCGCCGAAGGCGAGGCGCUGCGGAACGACGUGAGCUGCAACACGGCCAUCAUCGCCUGUGGCCGGGGCGGUCAGUGGCAGAAGGCCCUGGCGCUGCUUUGGUCCAUGCAGAAGGCGGCGGUGCCGGUGGACCUCUUCACGGGCACCGCCGCGGUGUGGGCCUGCGAGGCCUGCGGCCAGUGGCGCCAGGCCCUGCAGGUGCUGCGGUGCAUCCCGGAGACGCGGGCUGGGGGCCCAGCUCCGCCCUCCGCUCCGAGCUGGAUGCAGCGGAAAGCCCCGCAAGUGACGAGGGCUCUCCGCCAAAGGGAAGGUACUUCGACCCUUUGCCCUUUGACUCUCGGGAUUGGGAGCUGGAUUCUACGGGGGUCCAACUUGAUUUUCUCAGCGGGGCUUUCGAGGCCAAGCCCAACGUCUUCGGCUGCGCCUCGGACGUGAACAUCUGCGAGGUUCAGCGCCGGCCAGCCGAGGGCCUGCGCCUGCUGCAGGUGCUCUCCGAAGCCGCCAUGCUGCGGAUCUGA